AUGGCACCUACAAUCAAUGUUAAAGAACUUGUUGAACAAAUGAAACAUCUUCUUCAAGAUUUAAAAUCAUGCCCGGUAACAGAUAAAUUGAUUACCAAUGAAGAAAAUAUUAUAAGAUUCCUUAAAGCACGUAGUUGGGACUUACAAUCUACAGAAAAAAUGAUGCGUAAAGAUAUACAAUGGCGUCAAGAAUUUCGACCAGAUUUAACAGAUUGUAAAAAUUGUCACAAUCAACCAGGAACUCAUAGUUUAAGACAGAUAGGAUUUGAUGAAGCUGGGCGUCCAAUUAUAUAUGCAUCAUUUUGUCAAGCUAUUUCAAAUAGAAACAUGUCAAAUGACGCAGUAACUCAUUUAAUAUACACAAUUGAAAAUGCAAUCAAAAGUAUGAAGUCUGGUGUUACACAAUGGGUUUUUGUAAUUGAUUGCACUGGCAUGACUACAACCAGCUGUCAUCCUCGUCUUGGUUACGAAUGUGCCAAAAUAAUGGCUGAUCAUUAUCCAGAGCGCCUUGGUUUAGCAAUCUGUGUUCAUCCGGGACCUGCAUUCAAAGUUGCUUGGCAAGCCAUUAAACCAUUCUUACCACAGACAACAGUAUCAAAAGUUUGCUUUAUUAGAAGUAAAUCAAAAAUAUUUUCAACAUUUGAACAAUACUUCUCUCCAGAAACGUGUAAUUGGUUAAUAACUGAAGUAAAAUUCAAUAGAUCAAGACAGACAACAACCAAAUACCGACCAUUUUGGUUACCUCCAAAAGAUUCCGAUGAUAAACAUGAUCCUAGAGGUGAUCCGAUAUAUGUCCGUGAUUGGCUUGUAUUGAAUCAUCCAACUCAACAUUUACCACAUCCAAAUAUUGUUGAUUAUAUGCUUGGAUGUUUAAAUUCACUUAAUUAUGAAAAUGCAUUAUGCUCUAAUCAUCUGGUUGAUAAUAAUUAUGACUUAACAGAAAAGGGAUUUGGUGAUUUUGAAGAACAUGAAAAUGAUGAUGAUGAGGAGGAAGAACUUAAUAAUAUGCUUGCUGCAGAAAUACCAAAAGAAUUUAUGAUUCCUGAAAAUGCAGAAAAGUUAACAUAA